UGGGCUGUGGCCUGUGGCGGCGUCACAUCCAUGGCCAUCAGUUCCUCAGUCCCCCGGCCUCUCGCACAUCACCACCCAUGCUAGCGCCUGUUCCAACACAGAGCUUUCCUCCCAGCCUUAGCUAGCUCGCCGGCCCGACGAAGCCGCCAGCCAAGAAACGCCGGCGGCCGGGCACACCAUGAUGCCGUCCCCGUCCCCGUCCCCGUCCCCGCGAGCUGCCAGCACCCGCGCCGUCGAGCCCACGGCCCACGGCUCCUCCCCCGAGUCCUCACGGCUCUCCUACUCCGCCGCCACCCCCUCGCGCGCCAGCGACGACUCGUGCGUCGUCAACGACGUUGACGCCUUCGCGCGCACCAUCGCCGCCAUCAGGUCCAAGCCUCCCUCGGCGGCCGCGGCGUCGGGCGGCAGCAGCAGCCUCGCCUCCGUCCUGUCGCACUACGCGGCGAGGUGGCUCCCCGACGCUGCGUCGGCCUCCCCCUCCGGCCGCUUCGUCCUGCUUCCCCCCGAGAGCCCCACCGCCGCGUGGCUCAAGAAGCGCCUCCUCCUCGAGUCCCUCGUCGCCGCGCUGCCGCCCGACGACGGCGGCGGCGGCGACGGCAUCACGUGCGACUUCCUCCUCCGGCUGCUCCGCGCGGGGAGCACGGUGGGCGCGGACGCCGCGCUGCUCGGGGACCUGGAGGCCCGCGCCGCGCGGCGGCUGGACCAGGCCUCCCUGGGCGCCGUGAUGAUCCCGGCGUUCGGCGGGCUGGCCCCGUGCGCGCCGUCGCCGACGCUGCUGGACGUGCCGCUCGUGCUCCGCCUGGUGCGGGGGUUCCUGCGGGAGGGCGCCAGUGGCGGCGGGGGCGGCGCGGCGGCGGCCAGGGUGGCGAGGCUGGUGGACGCGUACCUGGCGGAGGCGGCGCUGGAGGCCGGGCUGCGGCCGGUCGAGUUCGAGGAGCUGGCGCGCGCGGUGCCGGCGCACGCCCGCGCCACCGCCGACGGGCUCUACCGCGCCGUCGACACCUACCUCAAGGCACACCCGCGCGCGAGCAAGGAGGAGCGGCGGUCGCUGUGCCGGCUGAUCGACCCGCGCAAGCUGACGGCGGAGGCGGCGGCCCACGCCGUGCAGAACGACCGCCUGCCGGCGCGCUUCGUGGUGCAGGUGCUCUUCCUGUCGGAGCACGGCGGCGGGAAGCUCGGCCACCACCGCCUCGCCGAGUGGAGCGGCGGCUCCUCCUUCCGCGACCUGCAGAGCAGGAGCCCCGCCCCCGCCGGCGGUCUCGAACUCCCCUCCGCCGCCGUCGGGACGGCCGGCGCGCGGUGCCCGUCGAAGCGGGAGGUCGUCGCCGCGCAGCACCACGAGCUGCGCCGCCUCCGCGAGGACGUCGCCCGCCUCCAGGUGCAGUGCCACGCGCUGCAGGCGCAGGUGGACCGGCUGAGCUCGGAGAGCCGCCGGCGGCGGGGGCUGCUCGGCUGGGGCGCCGCGCUCCUGUUCCGCGGCGGCGCGGGCGCGUCGAGGGUGGACGACUCCGACAGCGGCGUGGACAGGACGCCGCUCGGCGGGAGGAAGCAGGGACGCCACGCGACGACGCCGGCCAGGGGCACGCCGCCGACGGUGGCGAGGUGGCGCAGGUCGCACUCCUGAAGGCACGGCGGCGGCGCGGCUAGCCAACAUCGACGUGCCGGUCUUUGAAAAUCAAGUGAAAUCGUGCUAUAUUUUUCAUAUUCGUUUUCAUUUGCUCAUGUGUGUGUUCCUUCAAAUCGCCGAUCGAGGGAAGUAGAGCCUGUGCAUGUCCGCAUGAUGCCUGUCCCGCAUUGGUACACUACUAGUAAUUGGUUACUGCAUGUUUCUUUGUGUUUGAAGUAAAGUAUAUUUCUGUGUGGAUUGGCGAAGAGAGACAUGGCAGCAUCAAACCUCGCCGGUGUGCUCUUCUCUUGUCCGUUUUUCCUUUUCAA